AGCGGACGGGCGCUGCUCAGGCGCGGCCCGGGGGCGCGGACGGGCGCCCGGCGCAGCCCCGCACCGCAGCCCCGCACCGCGCUGCGCUCGGGGGAGCGGGCGCUCCCGGGCAGCCGCACCCCCAUGGAGGCUUUCCCUGGCGGCAAGCUGGAGCAGCACCGGCACCUCCCGCCCGUGGAGUGCUUACCGGGCUCCCGCUACGGCGGCCGGAGUCACAGCUCCUGCGGGAACGUCUUCAACUCCUGGAACGACUACCUGGGGCUGGCAACGCUCAUCACCAAGGCCGUGCGUCCCGGCAAGGGCUUCGGCGCCGAGCCCCCCUCGGUGGUGGUAGCGGCGGCCGUGCCGCCGGCCGAGGAGGAGGAGGAAGAAGAGGAGGAAGAGGAGGAGGCGGUGGGGCCGUAUUUCGAGGGCGCGCUGGACUUGCACGACCUGGACCUGUGCGGACAUCACCACCACCAUCACCAUCAUCACCACCACGGCGAGGGCCUGCUGGAGGAGCGCUUCGCCGACUUCAGCCCUUUCCCCGGGCGCGGUGGCCCCGCCACCGUCGUCUUGGAUUGCUCGGGGGAGCACCCGGGCCGAGAGGGCUCGGCGCACGCCUGGGGCGGCGUGGUGGUGGCGGGGCGGCUGCCGGCCCACCCGCGGGCCGCCUCCCGGCUCCUCAAGCCCGAGCUGCAGGUCUGCGUCUUCUGCCGGAACAACAAGGAGGCGGUGGCCCUCUACACUACCCACAUCCUCAAGGGACCCGACGGCCGCGUCCUGUGCCCGGUGCUGCGGCGGUACACCUGCCCCCUCUGCGGGGCCAGCGGCGACAAUGCCCACACCAUCAAGUACUGUCCCCUCUCCAAAAUGCAGGCGGCCAAACAGCUCAAACACGCCCGGACCGCCCUGGGAAAGAAGGGCCGUUAGGCGCCGGCACCCCGGCCCCAUCCCGUCUUUUUCCUUCUCGGGGUUGUUUUGGGUGGUUUCUUGGUCUUGAAAGCGGAUGGCGGGUUUUGUUCGUCACGCAUUAAUAUAUUAAAGGGGGAGAGUGCUGAGCGGGAGCGCUGGCCCGCGCGGAGCCGGCCGCUGCGCAGCUCACAUGCGCUGUGUGUUUGGCUAUUGUAAGAAAAAAACCAAAUAUAUAUAUAUAUGUGAUUUUUAUGGAAA